GACCACGCUUUCACAGUGGCUGGCUUUAGUGAUUGGCUGAGAAGAACGUGACAGCGUCCCUACGUUUCUCCAGGCUAACGAGCGGUUUCAUUACUACUGCUUCAAACUAUCUGCGUCAUUUAGAGAAAUGGUUAUGGAAAUCUGAAAUUUGUUUUGUAAAUCUGAAGGCCAGCUUCUUGAUUUAAUAAUUGUUUACAGCGGGUUUUAAUUUCUCGUCACUUUCGGUACAUUCUGAAAGGCGUUUAUGUGGAACAAAGAAACUUUUGUUUGCCUGCUACUUUUCUCCAUUCAACCUGUGCAUAACCAGAAUAGUUUUACAAAGUAGGAUUUCCGGGUCUCCGACGCGGUGAAGGACCUUGCAGUGAUUUCUUAUGAUGCAGCUCCUCCAAGGCGACACGAAGGCUCAAGUGACCGGAAUGUCUCGCUUUAAAACGUGGCUGGGCUUAUUGGCCAUAACGUUUCUGGCAGCUUCCAUCUCCGUAGCUGAAAAUUAUUAUGCGUUCCUGGGAGUUUCCAGAGAGGCAUCCACCAGAGAUAUUAGACGGGCUUUUAAGAAGCUCGCUCUGGCCAUGCACCCUGAUAAAAACCCAAACGACCAAGAUGCCUAUGACAGAUUCCAUAAGGCUAGUCAGGUGUAUGAGGUAUUAAAGGAUGACGAUCUGAGGAUGAACUAUGAAAGAUUUGGAGAGAAGGGACUGGAAGAGAGCAACCACAGCAGUGGAUAUGAAACAUAUGAUUUUUACAGGAAUGACUUUGGCAUCUAUGAUGACGACCUUGAGGUAAUUACUUUAGACAGCAGAGAAUUUGAUGCCACAGUGAACUCUGGAGAGCUGUGGUUUGUGAAUUUCUACCUCCCCCGCUGUCCUCACUGCCACGACUUGGCUCCCACAUGGAGAGAGUUUGCCAAGGAGAUGGACGGGCUGGUAAGGAUUGGGGUUGUGAACUGCGAGGACAGCAAAGUCCUGUGUCACAGCAACGGCGUCAGAAGUUAUCCGACGCUCCUUGUUUUCAAAGAAGGAACGCAGAAGGCAGAGAGGUACUUUGGAAACCGAUCAAAGGAGAGCUUGGCCAAGUUUGCGAUGCGUUUUGUGAACAGCAAAGUAACAGAGCUGUGGCAUGGUAAUGUCUUCAAUGAGAUCGAAGUUGCAUUCGCUUCUGGCAUCGGAUGGCUCAUUACCUUCUGUGCGGAAACUGGUGACUGUCUCUCAUCAACAACAAGGCAUAAACUAGCCGGGAUGUUGCAGGGGCUGGUGAACGUUGGCUGGAUGGACUGCAUCAAGCACGCCGACCUGUGUGAAAACUUUGAGGUGACCUUCAGCUCCACAGCCUACUUCCCCCCCAGCAGCACCAUGAAACAGAGGGACAGCAUGCUGUUUCUACGCAGUCUGGACGUGAAGGAGAUUUACACCGAGGUGAUGCAUCUGCUGCCAGACCUAGAGACUCUCACGGUGGAAACGUUCUCGGGUAAAGUGGCGCGCCAUCGCUGGGUGGUCAGUUUCUUGUUCGGUCUGGAAGAGCUGCCAUUCCAUGAGUACAAAAAGCUGAGGGUGCUUCUGAAAGAUUACCACAUGCAGGUGGGGAAGGUCAACUGCGUGACGGAGGCUGACCUCUGCAGCUCCUUACACAUUCAGAAGCCAAGCAUUGCCGUCUUCAAGGGGCUCGGCAUCGACAACUUUGAGAUCCAUCACGGGGGCAACGUCCUGUACAAAGCUGCAUCCUUCGCCAAGGACAGCGCCAGCUCUCAUGUGACCAGCUUGCGACCCGGAAACUUCCCUGGUCGUGAGAAGGAGCCUUGGUUGGUGUACUUCUUUGUACCUUGGUGCCUGCCAUGCUUUGCUCGACUCCCAGAGUUGAGGAAGGCGUCCGUCCAGCUUUUCGGACAGGUGAAGUUUGGCACUCUGGACUGUGCUGCCCACGAGGAGCUCUGCAAGCAGUAUGACAUCCACACCUUCCCCACGAUGAUGGUGUUCAACCAGUCCAACAUCUCCGAGUUCGAGGGCUACCACACGGCAGAGGGCGUCAUGGAGUUUUUGGAGUACCUGGCCAACCCCGCAGUAGUCACCCUGACGCCAGACUCCUUCCAGAAGCUGGUGAAGCAGAGGGGGCCUGAUGAGACGUGGUUGGUGGCCUUCUCCACGCCAUGGUGCCAGCACUGCCUGGCGUUGCUUCCUGAAUGGAGGAAGCUGGCACAGAUGGUCAAUGGGAUAGUUAAGGUGGGCACCGUGGACUGCGACAAGCAUUGGUCCUUCUGUCGACGUGAGGAUGUCUUGGGCUACCCUGAGAUCCGCCUCUUCCCACAGAACGCCAGCCGCUGGGACCAGCACCAGAGUUAUACUGGCUGGAACAGAGACUCGCAGUCACUGAGAUCGUGGGUCUUUGGGUCCCUUCCCAGAGUGUCACAGGACCUGACUCCUGAAGACCUCCGGAGGUGGGUCUACGCCGGGAAGCAGCACUGGGUGAUUGAUUUCUAUACCCCCUGGUGCGUGCCUUGCCAGCAGUUCGCCCCCGAGUUCGAGCUCCUUGCCCAUGUGAUGAAGGGCAGUGUCAGGGCGGGAAGGCUGGACUGCCAGGCCCAUGCCCAGGCCUGCGAGAGAGCGGGCAUCAAUGCUUACCCUACCAUUCGCUUUUACCCCUACUUGGGGUCGGCCGUGGACCAGGGUGGAGAGGAUAUUAACAGCAGAGAUGCAAAUGGGAUCACCAGAGUUCUGCGACAGCGGCUGCAGCAGCUAUCUGCAGACUCACAGAGCAAGUUCUCCAAAGUCAAGGACGAACUUUAGCGGGCAGAGGGCUGGAUGGCAGGAGUCUGAAGCUUUGCCAGGCUUGUGUGCCGCCCAUGGCACUGGGGGUAAUGAUGUUUUUGGGAAGCAUGCCGGGUGGACAUAGAUGGGGUCAACUGAGGUCUCCCGGGGGGGGCGUUUUACUUGGGAUCAGUUUCUAUGGGGAUUGCAGACGAUGGACUGUUAUACAACACUUCAUAUGAAUGUCAGGUGGCUUCUCUUAAGGAAACAGUUGAUAAAGUUGUUCCUAAGCAGGCAUAAUGUAAUAGACCAUAAUCUCCUACAGACACUUUCUCCAUAUUGUGACCUGUGAUUAAUGAGGCUGUGCUUCGAUUGGCUGAGCCAUAAAAACAUUGUCGACAUGCACCUUUAAGUCACCGAUGUAAUUAAUGUAACCUUUUACUUUGCUCGAUCCUGUCUGACUGGGCCAUUAGUAAUGAUAGGUAUUGUAGGUGUUUUUUUUUUUCUUUUGGACUUGUGUCCUCUGUAGUUUUUCUUUUUUUGUCCUCCUACAGGCCGAACCCUUUCUGUCAUUGUCUCAGUAAGAUAGAAUUCAGGGAUUGCUUUGUUUAUACGUUCAGUGUUUGUUUUGGGGAAUUUAUGUUAGUUGCAUUUCAAAUGUUUGUCUCGGAGAAUUUGUGUCAGUUACGUUUCAAAUCUUUGUUUUUCUUUUAACCAGCCAACAAAUAUAAUUUUCACCUAAAAAAAAUGCUUUCUCAGUGUUUUCAUUAUAUUCCAUGUAUCUGUAUUCUGUCAGCGAGAUUCACUCUGUUUACAAUGGAAAUAGUAUCUAGAUGGAUCAUAAUUAAAAUGGCGUGAUAAAGACAG